CUUCAAUAUUUGUAAUAAACAUAUAAAAUUUAAUAGAGAUUUUAACUUUAUGAGUAAUUUUGAUAUUUGGACAAUAAAUAAAGAUAUAUAUAGAGAAUCCGAUCAGGCACAACCAGCAGUAUUCCAUUUUCUCUUCCCAUAAACUAAACAAUCUUUUCGUGUGUCAAAAGUGUGAUUGGACUUGGGAUAGUUUUCUGAAUUAAUUGAGGAAAAAAAAAAAAAAAUGGGGCACAAAGAGCAUAGAACUAUCCAUGUUGUAGUGCUUCCAUAUCCAGGCCAAGGCCAUAUUAACCCUCUCCUUCAAUUUGCAAAGCGUUUAGCCUCUAAAGGUGUCAAGGCCACCAUAGCCACAACCCAUUACACUGUCAACUCAAUAUCUGCACCCAACGUCGGUGUCGAAGCCAUCUCCGAUGGGUUCGACACUGGGGGCUUUGCCGAGGCAAAGAGCGAGGACUUGUUCCUCAAGUCCUUCAAAACCAAUGGCUCAAGCACACUGUCUCAACUCAUUCAAAAAUACCAAAACUCUGACUACCCUGUGAAUUGUGUAGUGUAUGAUUCAUUUUUUCCGUGGGCUCUCGAUGUGGCCAAGCAGCAUUCUAUACCGGGAGCUGCAUUCUUCACCAAUUCCGCCACAGUGACUGGAAUAUUCGCUCACAUACACCGCGGCUUUCUUUCGCUUCCGUUCAAACCUGAAAACAUGCCCUUGCUCAUUCCUGGCUUCCCUCCACUCAAUUUUGAUGACUUGCCAAGCUUUCUCAAAUUCCCAGAUGGAUAUCCUGUUUACUUGGCCAUGAAAUUGAGUCAGUUUUCUAACUUGGAAUUCGCGGACUGGGUUUUCGGAAACACUUUUGAAGAACUAGAACACGAGGAGGCAAAAGGAAUAUCGAAUCUCUGGCCGGGAAAGUUGAUAGGUCCGAUGGUUCCGUCAGCUUACUUGGAUGGCAAAAUCAAGAAUGACAAAGGGUACGGAGCAAGCCUAUGGAAGCCGCUCGGUGAAGAAUGCCUCAAAUGGCUCGAAACCAAGCCCCAAAACUCAGUUAUCUAUGUCUCUUUUGGAAGCAUGGUGUCCUUGACACAGAAACAAAUGGAAGAAAUUGCGUUUGGCUUACAAGAAAGUAAUUUACAUUUUCUUUGGGUGGUAAAAGAAUCCGAGAGAGACAAGUUGCCCAACGGGUUUAUAGACUCGGCGAAAGAAAAGGGUCUGAUUGUGGGUUGGUGCAACCAGCUAGAAAUACUAGCUCAUGAAGCUGUAGGCUGUUUUGUUACACACUGUGGUUGGAACUCGACGCUCGAAGGGCUUAGCCUCGGCUUGCCUAUGGUUGGUGUGCCACAGUGGGCAGACCAGUUAACUGAUGCUAAAUUUGUGGAGGAGAUUUGGGAAGUUGGGGUUAGAGCCAAGGAAGAUGAGAAAGGGAUAGUGACGAAAGAAGAGCUCGUGUUGUGUUUGAAGACUGUCAUGGAAGGAAAGAGAAGCCAAGAGAUCAAGAAGAACUCCAUCAAAUGGAGAGAGAAGGCUAAGGCAGCUGUUAGUGAAGGAGGAAGCUCUGAGAAGUGCAUCAAUGAAUUUGUAGAGUUUCUGAGGUGUUGUGAUCAUAAGAAGAUGUUAAAUGGUCACCACUAGUAGCUAGAGUUUUUUCCUUUCUUAAUAUUUUAGAGUUUUAAUUAAUUUGUUCUGUGUGUUUUAUAUGUGUAUAUAUUUUUCUUUUAUUUGAUUCUGAAUCUUGUGGUUAGCAGUGCACCUGUAGAUUAAUUUAUUAAAUUAACUUCAUUUGAUAA